UAAUGGUUUCCAUCCCUGAAUACUACGAAGGAAAGAAUGUCCUCCUGACAGGCGCUACUGGCUUUAUGGGGAAAGUACUUCUGGAAAAGCUGCUCAGAUCUUGUCCUAAAGUGAAAGCUGUGUAUGUAUUGGUGAGACACAAAGCAGGGCAGACACCUGAAGCACGAAUAGAAGAAAUAACGAGCUGUAAGCUCUUUGACAGAUUGAGAGAGGAGCAACCAGACUUCAAAUCAAAAAUAAUAGUGAUUACAAGUGAACUUACACAACCUGAGCUGGAUCUUAGUGAACCAAUCAAGGAGAAGCUUAUAGAAUGCAUUAAUAUUAUAUUUCAUUGUGCUGCUACGAUCAGAUUUAAUGAAACACUGAGAGAUGCAGUUCAGUUAAAUGUGAUUGCUACACAACAGCUCCUUUUCUUGGCCCAACGAAUGAAGUACCUAGAAGUGUUCAUGCAUGUUUCAACCGCAUAUGCGUAUUGCAAUCGAAAACACAUUGAGGAAAUAGUCUAUCCACCCCCUGUUGAUCCCAAGAAACUGAUGGAUUCUCUAGAGUGGAUGGAUGAUGGUCUAGUGAAUGAUAUUACUCCUAAGCUGAUAGGCGACAGGCCCAAUACUUACACAUACACAAAAGCCUUAGCUGAAUAUGUAGUACAGCAAGAAGGUGCAAAAUUAAACAUAGCCAUUAUAAGGCCAUCUAUUGUUGGUGCUAGCUGGAAGGAGCCUUUUCCUGGAUGGAUUGAUAACUUCAAUGGACCUAGUGGUCUUUUCAUUGCUGCAGGAAAAGGAAUUCUUCGAACAAUGAGAGCCUCUAACAGUGCAGUAGCAGAUCUUGUUCCAGUGGAUGUUGUUGUCAAUACAACCCUGGCUGCAGCCUGGUAUUCUGGAGUCAAUAGACCAAGAAAUGUCAUGGUGUACAACUGUACGACAGGUGGCACCAACCCUUUCCACUGGGGUGAAGUUGAAUACCAUGUAAUUUCUACUUUCAAGAGGAAUCCUCUCGAACAGGCCUUCAGACGGCCCAAUGUAAAUCUAACUUCCAAUCACCUUUUAUAUCAUUACUGGAUUGCUGUAAGCCAUAAGGCCCCAGCAUUCCUGUAUGAUAUCUACCUCAGGAUUACUGGAAGAAGCCCAAGGAUGAUGAAAACAAUAACACGUCUUCAUAAGGCCAUGAUGUUACUAGAGUACUUUACAAGCAAUUCUUGGAUCUGGAAUACUGAAAAUAUGACUAUGUUAAUGAAUCAGCUAAAUCCUGAAGACAAAAAGACAUUUAAUUUCGAUGUUCGACAACUGCAUUGGGCAGAAUACAUGGAAAAUUACUGUAUGGGAACAAAGAAGUAUGUGCUAAAUGAAGAAAUGUCUGGCCUCCCUGCAGCUAGGAAACACUUAAAUAAGUUAAGGAACAUACGCUAUGGCUUCAAUACCRUUCUUGUGAUCCUCAUCUGGCGUAUCUUUAUUGCAAGAUCGCAAAUGGCGAGAAACAUCUGGUACUUUGUGGUCAGUCUGUGUUACAAGUUCCUCUCCUACUUCAGAGCCUCCAGCACUAUGAGAUACUGAAGAAGAGAAUUUAGCAUUAGGACAUCUAUGCAUAUGGUGGUCUAACUGCACAAAGCCUGUAACAUGUAGUCAUCUCAUUUUAUAAAAGCAUAAUCUCAUCCUAAAUCGGAGUGCGAAAUAUACGGUAUGGUAUAUGUAAUUUAAUUGUGUAUUUCCAUGAAAACAGAAAAUAAAUGGUCAGGUGCCAGGUUGAAUUGACAUUGGAUAAACCUUUAAAACAGCUCUAACAACUCCUUGACCUGGGGAAAACAUUUAUAGACCACUGACCAGCGUAACUGUGCAAUCUGGAAUGCAUUUGAUUGAAAUCUGCCUUAACAUAAGUUGUUGUUGUUCUUUCCUUUUGUUUUUUACUCCACAUUGAGCGGGAUAAAUACUGACUUAGUUGCUAGCUAUUGUAGACAUAUUUAUUUGAAAUUCUUCUAAAUUGCAAAGGGUUUUAUCAAGUUGCAAACCUGUGUAAAUGAUGGUGGAUCUCCUGGAAGAAAUUUGCAGGACUCUUCUGUAAUUUGUUUUUACUUUCUGCAGCAUUCUCCUAUUCUCUCUAAGUAAGGAUGUUAAGGGUGACUGCUUAAAAAAAAAAAAAAAAAAAAAAAAAAAAAAAAAAGAAGAAAAAAGAGAGAGUCCUUAAAAUGUCCUCCUUUAAUUACUGAAAGGCCUUUUGUCUGAUUUAAUUACUGAAAGGCAUUUGUCUGAAUGCGCUCAGUGAUUCAGUUCUGUGCUUGGAAUUGGCCUCGUACAGCUUGUGUUUAUGUCAGCCUGAGCAAUUUGCUUUUCUGACAGCAGACUUGGUCCCGUCAUUGACUUAGGUAGAAGGAACUGCUACCCUGAGGAAGAUACAACUCAUUGACCGUCCCUUUUCUUUAAUGAUAYUAUUGGAAACAGAGAGCCAGCAUUCAUAUGUUACACUUGACUUUAAAAGGUAAAUGUAUUUGAAAAGAGUUUAAUAUGCCUAAUAGUUAUUUAUGAUACUGAUUGUAGUUGGACAGACUUUAGACUCUACUAAGAGAUAUUAAGGAAAGAUUAGCAAAUGCUUUGUAAAUUAGGAAUCUUAAAAGAAAUCUCUCCAAGAUGAGAAGUUUGCAUGGAAAAUGCCAAUACACAGCA